AUGGCUGAUGAACCGACGACACCAUCUCUUGCACCCUGGCAGAUUCACAACAGAUUUGUCGAUAUCAUCUGCAGCGACGCCUGUCCAAUUCUUGAUCUGAUCCCAUCAUACGAUCGUUUUCGGUUUGACUUGAACCAGUCCGAAAACACCGUCGUCAUGUACAUGGGCGAGUAUGGCGACAGCGAGAUCAUAGCGUAUCCCGACGGCUCCGUGACGAAGCGCGUCAUCCGAGACUCCAACAUUCGCAAAGCAGGAACCACCAUAAAAGUCAUCAAGCCCAUGGGCGGGCAGUUUAGAGCUGUCGCGCCGUUCAGCUGGAGCGACAGUUUACGACAGGGUAUCAUUACCCCCAUGAGCGCACCAACACAUGCUCUGGUAUUGGUGUAUAUGCACAUCUGGGUUCUGAAGACUGAGGAAAAAAAUGUUGAUCUGCCCCUGCCGGGGUAUCAAGGGUUGUAUGACGCAUUAGUGUUGAUCCGGAAUGCGAUAGAAACAGAGAACAUGUUGCCGAUUAGGCAGCGCAGAAUUCCAGCGGAGGUACUAAGUGCCCAUCAACUUGGAAAGAUCGACAAGGAUAAGUCAACUAAAGGCGAUGUGGAGAUGGAGGGGGCUUGA